UCUAGUUGUAGAUUUCAAUUUUAGAACACGUCGAUUAUAUUAUUUUAUAUAAGAUUAAUAUAUUUGUUGAUAUAUUAUUUACUUAUAUAGUGUUGUUUAUAUAGAGCUAAAAGGAAAUUGGAAAUAAAUUAAAUUCCUAUUUUGAAUAAUAUUAAUAUCUAAAUUUAGUUUCAAAACUGCUUAAAUCAGUGAUUAAUUAUCGCAACUAAAUAAAUGAAUAAUAGAGGUAUAUUUAAUAUACAAGUACAAAACAAUAAAUAAAUACAUUUUGAUUUAGAUUAACAUAAGUUGGUGCAAUUGUUAAUGUAAAGAAUUCCUAUCACCUCAAAAGACACAACUACUGUUCAAAAUGGACCAUAAGAGAAAUUUAUUGUCUGAAUACGUCAACCAAUAUAUUCGGUACCUUCUUCCAAGACAAGAACAUCAAAAAGUCCCCGAUACUGAAGAUUUAAAAAGAGAUGGUACAUAUGAAAAACAAUACUUCUCAAUUUGGCCACCACCCUUAGUAAUACCCAUUAUUUCAAUAUUACAAAUAAUAUUUUUUAUUGUGAACAAAUAUAUCGAAUCGACUAAUAGUGGUGAAGCCUCAUGGGAUGAAACACUAAUUUAUAUUCCCCAAAAAAGGAAACAAGUUUGGAGAUAUUUCACUUAUAGUCUUGUGCAUGUUGGAUAUACCCACCUAGCAGUAAAUUUAGUAGUUCAACUUGUGCUUGGUAUACCAUUGGAAAUAGUUCAUAAAAAAUGGAGAGUGCUGAUACUAUACUUCGCAGGUAUACUAGCUGGGUCACUUGCAUCGACAAUCACUCAUCCAAAUACUUAUCUUUAUGGUGCAAGUGCUGGAGCAUACGCUUUCUUACUUGCUCAUAUCGGAACUAUUUUUAUAAAUUGGCGCAAAAUGACAUUACCAGGAAUACAAUUGGGAGUUUUUUUGUCUAUUAUCCUCUCAGAUAUUAUACUUACUUUUAUUUAUGAAGAUAGCAGCCAGCAUGUCAUAGCUACGGGAUACACAGCUCAUAUUGCAGGUGCAACAGCUGGACUAUUAGUUGGGAUAUAUAUUUUGAAAAAUUUUGAUCCUUCCACGAGAACCAGAACUAUAUUCUGGAUUGCUUUGAUCGCGUACGUCAUAUGUUUGUGUAUUCUCAUAUGUCUUAACAUUUUUAUAUAACGAAUAUUUAACAAUAUGAAAUUUUUUAUUAUUAUUUAUUAACAUUUAUAUUAUUUAUUUAUAUACAAUUGCUUAGUUCGAAUAAAACUGUUAUGAAUCUUUGA